AUGAACUGCGACAGCGUUACAAAACGGUACUGCCUUUUUCUCUUUAAUUGUCUGCCUAGGUUGCAAAAGGAACUCAUGGAUUUAAUGGUACGUUCAACUUUCCCCAACGUAUGAUCUCCCCAGAUGUCAGAUGAAAAAGGAAUUUCGGCUUUUCCUGAUGGUGAAGAUAUGACAAGAUGGCUUGCGACAAUUUUGGGCCCGGACAAAACGGUGAGCGUCGUGUCUUAUAGGUAGUCUUUACAAUCUUUUCGUAAAGCUGCUGCCCUGCGCCUUGCAGUACCCUUUCGGGCCGUUAAAUCACAUUUGCGGCCAGAGUGCUACUAGUCCACACUCCUCACCCAUUUUCACGUUAGAUGCGCAGUUGCGCGGACCGUAUUAAGCAAUUGGCCAUGUCAGGGGAAUGAUAUGCAUGACCACUCGAAACUGCGAAAUUUCGUCACUGUCAGGGAGCAGACACUUGGAUCAUGCCAUUUGGGGUUUAGCAGUAUUCAAGUAACGGACAAUUUUCAUUUCUACUGUGAGAACAUUUGCUCCAAAAUUUGUGUCCCAAAGUCGGUUUCACAAGACGAGAACUUGCUUAAUUGUUGAUAGGAUGUGGCUCAGAGUGGGAGCCGAUUGGCGGUACCUCGUGUUCUUGAUUGAGCCUUGUCGACUUGCCCGUUUCGUGGCUUGGGACCGGCUGUAAAUCCUUGUUCAUCGAGAUUGCGCUUGAAAAUUGCUUAAUCUGCGCUCCCGUUUAUUGCAGCUAGGCCAGAUGACUUGACUGGAAGGAUUACUUUACCCUUGAUGAAGCCACGUGGCCUAGGUACGGCACCAGACACCGAGCCGGCGCCAGCUUUUCAUAACGGGCUUGAUUUUGUUCCAGAAUGCUUCGACUCGAUUAAUGUCCCGUGAUUUUGAAGACAGGUGGAGUCAAACGUCAGGCCUCACGCAUAGACCCUAAUCCUAAGCGGUGUAUUUCGCAGUAUUUCGGUAUGUCACCCCUCUCAAAUGUCUCUUUUACUACGGAACGUAUGCUUAGUUUUCGAUCCAGUCGUCAGCCCAUAUCAUUGCCACAUGUUGGAUGCGUUAAGUAGAUCCGUUCAACUACCUUCGGUUACCUGGCCGCCCUCAUAUCUGUUAAUUCGCGUGAUUAUUUUCCCUCUCAAGAGUGCAUAUUUUCACAUUCCUAUGCAGCAUGGCAGACUGUUAUUCUAGAGGGAUCGAUUAUGUACUUGAGUUCGACCGUCGAUUUCGACGAUGUCCACUGUGUGGUCCACAGCAGGGUGGGAGCAGGGACGGCGGCUUGCGUGGUGUUUAGUGUGAGUAGACUUGCGCUGCAUCUACCACACUCCCCUCCCCACCUGGACCCAGUUCCAAGACAGAGUCAAGAAGACCGGAGACGAUGGAUGACGCAAGUGGAUGGCCCAGUCUAGCCCGCGCCUUGGCGUUUCACUGUACAUCCCCUGGUCCGCACGACAAAUAGCCAGGUUUUGACCAACAACAACAAAGAGUGGAGGCUGGUACGACCGAAGCCGCGCAUCGGUGUGCCGUCCACACCCGGCUCGUAUCCCACACAGUAGGAGUGCCAUAAAGGCCACAUUUAGAAGGAGCCAUUGCAGCCUGACUCAGACCACCAGCUGGCCGCUCCACACAAACACAACACUGGGCCGCCCGAGACGUCCAAGUUAUCCCGUCAGUUGACACCCUUCCAAGCCACGGCUCUUAGCGCACUGGGAUAGUUUCAAGAGCUUCACAUUGUUUAUAGUUAGGAGAAUGCGCUGAGUCGUCGACCUCACUGUCGCUUCCCAUUCCCUUGUCUCAGCCACUCUCUGAGCCAGUCAGCGGACAGGAGCAGGGAAUAGGCGCGACGGCUGACGUGGUCUAGUGACCAUGUCUGCGCGCGCCACACACGCGUUCUGGCUCUCCAAACACCAGAAUUUCACACAACGGGAGUUGGGCGGCGUAUCUGUCUUAUGCGUGAGAGUGCCAUGGAAGGAAUUACUUCCACCCGGCCCCUGCCCUCCAGUUCGCCACUCUAAGCAACACACAAACAACUGAACGGGCUGCGUGGACCGAGUUUGGUCGUCAGUCAGCAACCUUCAAUCCACGGCGCUUGAAGCAUCGGGAUAGUCUCAGGCUCGAGUGACCCGUGCAAUAGGAGCCGCAGGGGGACGAAGUCGACACGCACUCUUUCCACUUGCGUGUGUGGUGGCAGUUGGUUGCUUGCGGUGGCCGAUGCUGAUGAACGGUGAGGUGAUGGUGAGGAAGAAUGUCGCGGUGUGGUGAAGCCGACGGUUGUCUAUCGCAGGUUUUCCUGGGUGCGCAUGUGGCCGAAUAGACCCAUGCGGUACAUGAAUGUGGGAGGGCAGCGUAGACAGUGGGGGCGGGUGUAGGUGGGUGUUUUAGGCACUGGUUCGCAAGCCUCUGCGCCAUGGAUUCGCGAGUUACCGACCGGGUCGAUGCGUGAGGUGAAUGGGCGGGGACAGUGUGGGCAUGAGAAGUCGGUGGUGUCGAUGUCAGUUACGGAAAUGGUGCUUGUAUUGGUGGCGGGCGCACAUGCGACCGGGUGGAAGAGGAGCUGGGCAUGGUAAGUGUGCUGGAUGUGGUGGGUGUGUCGGAGCUGCGGUCAAUUCCGCUCUCAUGGGUACGCACGCGGCCUGAUAGACCCAUAAGGUGGAAGAAUAGGUGGGCGCAGUGAGGGCAGUUGAGGCGGGUGCAGCGAGUGCAUUUUAACGCUCUAUGCUCUGGUUCGCCAGUCUGUGCGAUGGAUUCGCAAGUGAUCGACCAGGCCGAUGUGUGAAGUGAAGAUGCGGUCGCAGUAAGGACUGGUGUAGUCCUGGUCCUCACCUUUGGUGUUGGUGGUGGUGGUGCUGGCUGUUGUGUCAGGAUUGCGUGUAGCGUUGAUGUGCAUGUCAGACGCCACAAUAGCAGACGUUGGGGCGGUGGAGGAGGAGGAGGAUUAUAUACCUAGUCGAAUGAUAACAAUAGUAGCUCUUCCUUUAACAUGACACGUAGAUCUUCGAAAAUGAAUUUGUUGUUUAUUCCUCUAGGGAGUUAUUUUCCUAGAUUAUUCUUUUGACUUGUGAAUUUUUCAUUAACCGGCCCUCCAAAAGUCGUAUACCGUGCAUUCAGUUGACGCCUCCUGCCUAACUAUUAUGGAGCACAGGCACAAUAAUUCGCAAUGCCUUAGACCCCAGAGCAGGCUAAACCGACACUGAUGCUAGCCAUUACAACUCAACGCAUUUUUUUCCUGCAGACUUCCCGACUGAGGGCUAAGAAUAGAAACCUCAGAAUUGUGUAUUUGGCCGCAGAAUUUUUAAAAAUGCUCACCUUUUUCACCGAUCUAAUUCCUAAUUGUCUGCCGCAGGUGUACGAAGGCGAAACAUACAAAUUAUCAUUGGAGUUCGGCUCCAGCUAUCCGUACAAGCCACCAACCGUGCGAUUCGUGUCACCGUGCUUUCAUCCCAACGUGGACACUCGCGGCAAUAUCUGUCUGGACAUUUUGAAGGAGGAGUGGUCUGCAUUGUUCACGGUGAAAAGUAUUCUCUUGUCCAUCCGCAGCCUCUUAGCAGGUAGGAUAUUCGUGCCUGAUUUCAUCCAUCCACAGCCUCCACACCGCCUUACUUAACUGCUCCUCUUUUUUUUCCAGAGCCAAACAAUAAAAGUCCACUAAAUGGUCAGGCAGCACAACUGUGGUCCGAUCCAGAGGCAUUUCGAGCGGCCCUCGUGCGCUUUCAGUCAUCCGCCCUGCCUGCCGCGGAUGCUGGAGGCGAUUGA